AUGUACUCAAGAGCUCGUAAAUCGCAAGAAAAUUCAACCAAUGGGAAUAUCGAUGAGAUUUCUUCCUAUAAUCAACAUCAAUCCCAUAACAGCACUAACAGUAACAACAACAAUAACCAUCACCAUCAUCACCACCACCAUAAUCAUCAUCACUCACACCAGUAUCCUCACACAAAUACUAUCCCUGCAAACAAAGAUGGCAAACGUUAUACCAUGAAUGAAGUAUUUCAAGUAUGGUAUGAUAAUAAAGACCAGAUUUUGAACAAUAGUGUUCCCGUUGGCGCGGAUGAGCCCUAUAAAUUAUCCAAGCCAGAGCCUAUUUAUCAUUUAGAUUUACAAAGCAAUUUAACUAAAUCUGAAGAUUAUCAACUGGAAACCACUAAAGAGGUCACUGAUUCAUUAGAUAAGCUUACCAUUGGUGCAGAUUCUGAAGUAGAUACAGCUACCCAGCCUAGUACUGCAACAGGAGGACCCUCGGCAACAACAGGGACUGCGACAAUUUCUUCGAUUCAACAAGCACCACCAGGGAUGUCGCAAUUACAUAAAGAUUUCCCUAGUGCUGAUUCCAAAUUCAGACCAUUAGUCACUUCUGAUAAAAUUGAAUGGCAUUACAUUGAUCCUUCAGGGAACGAACAAGGUCCAUUCAAUGGUGACAUGAUGCAGGACUGGUUAGCUGGAGGUUAUUUGAACCUUGAAUUGAAAAUAAGACGGAAAGAAGAAGGGUCGUUCAGGACAUUGAGGGAUUUAUGUGAAAGUUUGCAGAAUUAUGUCACUCCUUUCAAAGUUCCAUUACCUGAUUUAACCGCACCUAGGGGUGGUCCUGGUACCAGUAGUGGUAACGUCACUGGAAACGGUGUUAGAACCACCAAUGGUGUUGGUGGUGGAGGCAGUCAAUUCUUUUCAGAUGAUUUACUGGGUAAUAGUUUUCCUAAUUUUCAAUCCAACUUGUUGUCUUCUUUCGGCAGUACACCGCAGAACAAUUCAUCUCAAGCGAAUUUGUUUGGUAAUGAUUUCAUGAAACUGGACCCAUUUGCCAAUCCAUUGCCGUCUAUUAACCCAACAGGCGCGACAGGGUUCACUGGCUCAAAUUUUGGUAUUGAUACAUUCAAUCAGCAUACUACUGCUUCUAGCAGCAUGGAUGCAUUUAACCAAAGUUUGGGGUUCCCUUCGAUGCCAACUUUGUUGCAACAACAACUUCACCAACAACAACAACCAUCGUUGUCUAGAGUCAAUAGUGGUUGGGGCGUUGAUACAUCAGCCUCAUCCAUUUUGCAUUCGGGAAGCAAUCCACAAACGCCAAUUGGCGGCCAUUCGGUUUUGAACAAUUCAAUCAGCCAACCUGCACCAAUGUCUCCUUGGUUACCAGAAGCUGUUACUCAGUCUCAUUCAAGAGUUGGUUCUCCUUUUACCUCAAGUGUAAACUUAAUUGGUGGUGACGCAGAUCCAUUAGCCUCGAUUCAACCAGAAACUGAUGUUGCAAAAAAUAACACGGCAGUUUCCAUCGGCGGAGUCCCACAAACCAGAUCUACAGUCAACACUAAAUCUUCUCCACAACCCGAGGAUCCAGUUUUGGAUGAUAUCCACAACUCUGUUGUCACUGAUAUUUUGAAUGACGAUGAACCUAAUGCAAUUAACAACCAACAUGAUCAAGCCAAAUCAGUUCCUGUUGUCAAUGAUCAAGCCGCAUUGGUCCAACCUACAGCAUCUGAAUCGAGACAAUCAAUUUCAAGCGAAACUGCUGCUAAAGUUUCCGAACCAGAACAACAGCAAGAACAACAACAAGAACCGGAACCGGAACAAGUUAAAGCAGUUGAAUUAAAACCAUCUACACCUCAAGUCUUGGCUCCAUGGGCAGCUGCUAAAGCUGAUUCUAAGAAACCUGCUUUAACAUUAAAAGAGAUUCAAAGACUUGAAGCCGAAAAAUUGAAUGAACAAAAGAGAAUCGAGGCACAAAUCAAAAGUGAACAUGCAGCUAAAGCUUGGGCCAAUGCUGCCGCUGCUGAAAAGGCUGUUAAAGCUGAGAAAACUCCAGUUGCUUUACCAUCAACUUGGGGAUCUGCUUCUAAUGUUCCAGUCACUAAAACUUUAGCCGAAAUCCAAAGAGAAGAAGCUGAACGUGCCAAGGCUAAACAGGCAGCUGCUAAGGUCAAUUCACCAAGUACUUCAUUUGCUCAUGCCAUUGCUAAUUCAGUUCCAAGAGAUGAUGGACCAGCUUGGACUACCGUCACCAGCAAAAAGCAAGCCUCAGCUCCAGUUGUAAAGAAAGCUGCCACUACAACUACUAUUCCUACUUCAGUUUCGAAAACAACUCCUCAAUUAUUGCGCUCAGUUUCUGCCAAUAAACAAACUGUUUCUGCUGUAAAUGCUCAAGCCAUUAGAGAAGACUUUUUGGUAUGGGCUAGAUCCAGUAUGACAAGUUUAUAUCCAACUGUUUCUAAAGAUGAUUUAUUGGAAAUUUUCAUUACUUUACCACCAAAUUCUGCUGAUUCAAGCUCAUUAAUUGCUGAAACCAUAUACAGUUCUUCAGCCACUAUGGAUGGAAGAAGGUUUGCUCAAGAAUUUUUAAAGAGAAGACAAAAAGUUGAUCAACAAAUUGGUGGUGGAGAUCAUGUAUCUUGGUCAGCCGCCAUCAUUUCUUCAGCAGACAAAGUUCAAACAGUUGAUGAAGAUGGUUGGAGUACUAGUUUGAAAUCUAAGAAGAAGAAUGGUAAAAGAAACUAA